AUGAGUGAAGACAAAAUUGGCGCUAGCGCUUCGUCCCUAGAGGCGCAAAUCGAAGCUUUGACACAAACCGUACAAUCUAACGAGGAAAGCAUCGACGAUACUACUCGUUCCAAAGCCAUCAAGGCGGCCCGGGGGCUACUGGGUGCUUUGGUACCUCCGCCGGAAACGGUGAUCCAAGAUGUCGCUCUGAAUUGCGCAUUACCAAUGGCAAUCCGCAUGGGAGUUCAGCUGGGGGCAUUCAAAAUGAUUGCUGCUAGCCAUAGUCAAGGAACAACAUCGCAGCAGAUCGCGAGUGAGUCCGGUGCCAGCGUAAUUCUUGUCGACCAGAUUAUGCGAGUUAUCACCGCUGCUGGAUACGCGCUUGAGAAAGAUGUACAAACAUACAUGCCUUCUCCCCUUACAAUGAUCAUGGCAGACUCCACUAUCGAGGCAACAACCAGAGUCUGUUUUGAUGUCGGCCAUUUCUGUACCACCAGUGCCCCGGGGUUUUUCCGUAGAAACAAUAACCAAUAUCCUAGCUCUGCUGUGGAUACGCCCUUCCAAGCGGGCUUGAACACCGAGCUCAGCUAUUUCGAUUGGCUUGGCCAGAAUCCGGAAGUGGCCAAGGAUUUCCAACAAUGGAUGACUUUGAAACAGCAGGCGACUCCUAAUUGGGUUGACUGGUAUGACCUGCAAGGCAGUAUUGUGAAAGGCUUCCGAAGCGAGCCCGCAGAUAAUAUCUUGCUGGUGGAUAUUGGCGGUGGUGAAGGCCAUUAUUUGCAUGCGCUGAACGAUAAAUAUCAAGAUCUCCCAGGACGUCUGGUCCUGCAGGAUCUGCCUCAGGUUAUCUCGAGCAUUCGGGAUCCGCCUAAGCGAACCGAGCUGAUGCCUCACGACUUCUUUACCGCGCAGCCCGUGAAAGGUGCUCGAACAUAUUACAUGCACUGGAUCUUGCAUGACUGGCCCGAGGAGCAGGCCCGUGCCAUCCUGAGCAACAUCGUCGAUGCCAUGGAGCCUGGCUAUUCUCGCCUCAUUAUUAACGAGCAAAUAAUCCCUGAUAGAGACUGCGAUCUGCCAACGGCUUGCAUAAGUGUAAUGAUGAUGGUCCAGGUGGCCGCCUUCGAGCGGACGGAGAAGCAAUGGCGUGAGCUCCUGACAUCAGUGGGACUGAAGAAAAUUUUCUUCCAUCAAGCCCCUGGAGGAGGUGAGGGUAUUAUUGAGGCUAUCAAAUAG